UUCAGAAACAGCUCGUUAACCACCUCUGUAGCUUGUUAGCCAACAUAGCCGAAAUAUUCAAGCUAUUUAUACGCUUUCGAUGUAUAUUAGCUACUGUGUUUUAGACACACUUCUGUUGUAUCUACUUGUUAACCUCUUUAAUUUAAUAUUUUGUAUUAGUCAGCUAUAGUAGCUGGCUGGUUAAGUUAGCACUAGCCUUGUCGCUAAUGGUAGCUAGCUAGCUAACAUCCCCGAACAUGAGCUCCCUAAACUACUCCCCUUCUGUUAAAGAAGAGGAGGUCUACUGUACGGAGAAAGAAGCUUUGGGGCUGAACAUCGUCUUGAAAGAGGAGAAGGAAGAGGAGGAUGUCACAGUAAAACAAGUAGAGGAUGAGGCUGUUACAGUGAAGGAAGAAGAGAAAGACGUGUUCAGAGUGAAGGGGGAGGAGGAUGUUACUGUGAAAGAAGAGGAGGAUGUUACUGUGAAAGAAGAGGAGGACGAGUAUGCCGUUUUCGGAGUGAAGAAGGAAGGAGAGAUUACUGUCACAAUGAAAGCUGAAGUGGUAGAGAUGGGAGAUCUGAGAAACACCAGAGAGAGAGGAUCUUCUGGGGAUCCUCAACAACAACAUGAUGCUGACGAAGCAGAGAAAAGUCUAUCCAGAUCAGGACUCCUCAAGAAACACCAGCAGAGACCCACAGGGAAGAAAUCUUACUGCAAAUCGACAUCAGAACUUAAAAUACUCCAGCGUGUACAAACUGGAGAGACAUCUCACUGCAGCUCUGACUGUGGGAAAAGAGUCACCUCUUCAGUAGACCUUAAAAUACACCAGAGAACACACACAGUAGAGAAAUCUUAUGUCUGUGAUCAAUGUGGGAAGAGUUUUACUGAGUCACGCAUCCUGAAAUCACACCAGAGAACACACACAGGAGAGAAAUCUUAUGGCUGUGAUCAAUGUGGGAAGAGAUUUACUCAACCAGACAGCCUGAUAGUGCACCAGAGAAUACACACAGGAGAAAAACCUUACAGCUGUUAUCAAUGUGGGAAGAGUUUUACAACAUCUAGCCAUCUAAUUGUACACCAGAGAACACACACAGGAGAGAAACCUUAUGGCUGUGAUGAAUGUGGGAAGAAAUUUACUGCGUCAAACGCCUUGACAGUGCACCAGAGAGUACACACAGGAGAGAAACCUUAUAGCUGUAGUCAAUGUGGGAAGAGUUUUACUCAACCAGACAGCCUGAUAGUGCACCAGAGAAUACACACAGGAGAGAAACCUUAUAUCUGUUAUCAAUGUGGGAAGAGUUGUACUACAUCUAGCCAUCUAAUUGUACACCAGAGAACACACACAGGAGAGAAAGCGUUUAGCUGUGAUCAAUGUGGGAAGAGUUUUGGUACAUCUAGCCAUCUAAUUGUACACCAUAGAACCCACACAGGAGAGAAACCUUAUAGCUGUGGUCAAUGCGGGAAGAGUUUUGGUCAAUCUGGCCAUCUGACAGUGCACCAGAGAAGACACACAGGAGAGAAACCUUAUAGCUGUGGUCAAUGUGGGAAGAGUUUUGGUCAAUCUGGCCAUCUGACAGUGCACCAGAGAAGACACACAGGAGAGAAACCUUAUAGCUGUGGUCAAUGUGGGAAGAGUUUUGGUACAUCUAGCUAUCUGACUAUACACCAGAGAACACAUACAGGGGAGAAACUUUAUAGCUGUGAUCAAUGUGACAAGAAAUUCUCUGAUAAAAGACAUCUGAUCAAACAUCAGAAAAUACAUACAUGAAGGAAUUGUUUCAUGAUAUUAAUUAAAUAUCCCAUCUAGCAAAAUGUAAUUGAAAAGAAGACUAUGCUCAAAGUCCAAUAUUCUUUCGAUGGUAGUUGAACGUUGAAAAUAUGUAUUUUCGGGUCGUUUUUUUUCAAUGACUUGAAAACAACUUAAUUUUAAAGUACUUGCAGCCUAUACACAUGGGCACAGUAUAAUAAAUUGGUUUAUAAUCAAUUUUAUUAACAAUCUUACAU